CAAGAUCAGCAAACCAUGCUUAGAGUAAGAACCUUAAUUUUCAUUCUAAACUUAACUUGCGUUAUUUUAGCCCAAGUUCCAACGGGAUGUGUGAAGAUCCAUAACCGUGAAUUGACAUAUUCCGGUGCGCUAAUAAAAUCUGACCACCAUGACAAGGAUCGUCGCCACGUGUCGUUCAACAGAUGGGGCGAGCCGUGGAUCAUCACGAAGGUGAAGGACGACAUGUACACAAUAAAGCACGCCGGCACAAAGGAAGAGAUGUUCGAAUCGGUGCAAAAAUGGAAUGGAAACUAUAUUUUCACUUGGAUUCCUAAAACGAUCAUCAACGAUGGUGGGGCUUGGUGGAGAAUUUACCCCAGCAAGGAUGGAUACUUUUACAUUAAAAAUGUGAAAUUUAAUCACUGCUUGUACGCGAAAAUUAUUGGCGACUGGGUGGCUGCUUAUCCGGAGUGCAAUAGCAGCACCUUCGAGUGGAGAAUUUUCAAUCUUAAUGAAUGUUAAAUUGUGGUUUUUCAAUGCAAACUAUUGCUGAAAUAAAUUGCAAAUAAAAAAAA